AACGGUGGAGCAUUUGCUGCCUCCAACCGUGUAACUAUAAACCCUUCCCAGUUCCCACCCAUCGCACCACCGCAACUUCCAUCAGGUUGCGAAGUUCGCGUAAUUCACUUCUGUUCAGACCAUAACAGUGCCUUUACCUUGUUUUCAUGCACAGAUUGAUAGGAAACAAUGGUGCAAUAUAAUUUUAAGAAGAUUACCGUGGUACCAAAUGGGAAGGAGUUCACUGACAUCAUCCUCUCUCGCACGCAGCGUCAGACACCAACCGUUGUACACAAAGGGUAUGCAAUUUCCCGUCUCCUCCAAUUUUACAUGCGCAAAGUCAAGUAUACCCAGCAAAAUUUCCAUGAUAAGCUCUCGGCUAUAAUUGACGAGUUCCCUCGACUGGAUGAUAUUCAUCCGUUCUAUGGCGACCUCCUCCAUGUGCUCUACAAUAAAGAUCAUUACAAGCUAGCACUUGGACAGAUCAAUACUGCGAGGAAUCUUAUUGGGAAAAUCGCGAAAGACUAUGUGAAGUUGUUGAAGUAUGGUGACUCGCUGUAUCGAUGCAAGACUCUGAAGGUGGCUGCCCUUGGCCGUAUGUGCACUGUCAUUAAGAGGAUUGGUCCGAGUUUGGCUUACCUGGAACAGAUUAGACAGCACAUGGCCAGGCUUCCGUCGAUUGAUCCGAAUACGAGGACUGUCUUGAUUUGUGGAUACCCCAAUGUCGGCAAGAGCUCGUUUAUUAAUAAAAUUACUAGAGCUGAUGUGGAUGUGCAGCCCUAUGCUUUCACUACAAAGUCUCUUUUCGUUGGCCAUACGGACUAUAAGUACCUAAGGUACCAAGUCAUUGACACACCGGGGAUUUUGGACAGGCCUUUCGAAGAUCGCAACAUUAUUGAGAUGACCAGUAUCACUGCUCUAGCGCAUUUGAGAGCUGCAAUAUUGUUUUUCUUGGACAUCUCUGGGUCUUGCGGUUACAGUAUUGCGCAGCAAGCAGCCCUAUUUCACAGCAUUAAGUCGUUGUUUUUGAACAAGCCAUUAAUUGUAGUUUGCAACAAGACUGACUUGCAACCACUAGAGGGGAUAUCUGAGGAAGACAGGAAGUUGGUCAUGGAGAUGAAAGCUGAAGCCUUGAAGACUAUAGUUGGCCAAGGAGAUGAGCCUACAGACAGUGACAGUGUGCUGUUGACCAUGAGCACUUUGACAGAAGAAGGGGUAACUGCAGUGAAGAAUGCAGCAUGUGAGAGAUUAUUGAAUCAGAGGGUGGAGAUAAAGAUGAAGUCAAAGAAAAUUAACGAUUGCUUGAAUAGGUUUCAUGUUGCAAUUCCAAAGCCACGUGACCAGAAAGAAAGACCACCAUGUAUUCCUCCAGCAGUUUUAGAAGCUAAAGCUAAACAAACAGCUGAGGAGGAGAAGAGAAAAACUGAAAAGGACUUGGAGGAUGAAAAUGGUGGGGCUGGUGUAUACUCAAUGAACUUGAGAAAGCAUUAUAUUUUGGCCAGUGAUGAAUGGAAAGAAGAUAUUCUGCCAGAAAUUUUGGAUGGACACAACGUGUAUGAUUUCAUUGAUGCUGAUAUUCUACAGAGGCUUGAAGAGCUGGAAAGAGAAGAGGGUCUAAGACAGGCAGAAAUUGAAGAUGAUGAUUUUGAGAUGGAUGGUACUGAAUUGGCGCCAGAACAGCAAGCAACUUUAGCUGCGAUCAGGAAAAGGAAAAGCUUGCUCAUCCAACGGCAUAGGAUGAAAAAGAGCACUGCUGAGAGCCGGCCAACAGUUCCAAGGAAAUUUGACAAGGACAAGCAAUAUACCUCAGAAAGAAUGGGAAGGCAGCUGUCAUCUGUGGGGCUUGAUGCCACUUUGGCAAUCAAGAGAAUGCGUAGCAGAUCUGUCUCUAGGAGAGGUCGGAAAAGGGAAAGGUCACCUGAAACAAGAAGUGCUGAUGGUGGAGAUGGUAUGGACAUUGAUGGCGAUACCGCUAGCAAGAAACAGCGUCUAAGUAGAUCACGGUCCAGGUCAGUGUCACGCGCACCCAAUGAAGUUGUGCCUGGAGAAGGCUUCAGAGAUUCUGCUCAAAAGGGCAAGGCAAUUAAACUUGCAAAGAAGUCUGUCAAGAAGAGAAACAAGGAAGCCCGUCGUGGAGAAGCUGAUAGAGUCAUACCUAAUCUGAAGCCCAAGCACUUGUUUUCUGGGAAGCGGUCCAGUGGGAAAACUGAUAGACGUUAAAACAGGGGAUGCUGAUUUAUGCUCUACAGAAACAUCUGCAGGGCUGAAGUUUUGUUGCUGCCAUGAGGUUUUGUUCAUUUCAUAUAGUUUUGUUUUGUUAGAGAUUAAUGUUUUGUGAUCAUAGCUAAUCUGCAUUAUUAUUGUUAUUUAAUUUAUCAUUUCUCAGCUUGCUUUCUUAGCAUAUUUAUUUCCUCAGUUCAACUUUGGAGACCAUAUAGUAUAUGAAAUAAGGAAGCCGCUCUUCAAAUUUUGAGUUGUGA